ACUUGUGCUCUUCAGCUCGGGUUGUGCUGGAGCGGAGGUGAGAGGGCCUCUACAAGAGUCUUCACUUCUCUGAACGGAUUUUCCUGCGUUUGUCUCAAAGACUAGUUGUUAGACCUGCAGUGGAGUCUAUCUGGGACUUUGAGUUUCAUCCACCAUGGGGGACGUGAUUUCCAGUCACCUGGAUGAAGGCAGGCGGGAGAUGAUCACAGCUCGGACUGGUGGGGUCAUAGCGGAGUUUGGGCGUCUGUAUGAGCAGCAGUACGCAGUGGCUCUCUUCAACAAAGUUCGCUUUGACAUAGAAGGAGGAGGUGGCCCGCAGCCACAGCUACUACACCGCAAGGUUCCUCUGGAAAACAAGUCCAUCUUCUCUGGCUCGCUCUUACAGUACCUGGAGGAGAACAAGAAAUGGAGGAACCGCUUCCUCUUUGUCCCAGACUCCUACAACAUCAACUAUUAUGACAGCAAAGUGUCCCAUGACAGACGCCUCCAUCCCAAAGGCACCAUCAACUGUGCUGGCUACAAAGUGCUGACAUCUAUGGAGCAAUACCUGGAUCUGAUCAGCAACAGUCUGCCUGGUGUGAAAGCUAAGGUGGGAAGUUCACCCUUCCUUAAGUGUGCCACCCAGUUCCCUCUGAUCCUCUGGCACCCUUACGCCCGCCACUACUACUUCUGUGUGGCGACAGAGAAAGAGCAGCAGAAGUGGCACGCUGUCCUCCAGGACUGUGUCAGACACACCAACGACGGUUUGCCAGAGGAAGAUAAAGUCCAAACACCAGCCUUCACUGAUGCAGUACGACUCUACCGCCAAGCUCAAGGGCACUACGGCACCUGGGAAAUGAUGUGUGGUGUACCAUCACAGAUCCUGUCUAACCUGGUGAUGGAGAGCCUCCUGUCUGACCUGAGGGAGACCAUCUCCCCCCGCCUCAAAGGCAAACUGCAUGAGAGGCAGAGGAACUGGAUGCUUAUCAGUGACGCCGUGUACAGCCUGGUGCAGGGACAGUGCCAGACCCGGUACGAGGCAGUGGUGCAGAAGUGUGAGGCGGCCCGCUCCUCCCUGGAGGCCUCCAUACGAACAGACAUGGACCAGAUCAUCACAUCCAAGGAGCACGUCACCAACAAGAUCCGGGCGGUGGUUCUUCCCAAAGCAGAGAAGCUGUUGAAGGUGAGCAUCGAGCCCUAUAUCAGCUCCAUCCUGGAUGCCCUGAUGGAGCCGACGAGCCGAGGCUUCUCCGAGGUCCGCGAUGUGUUCUUCAGAGAGCUGGUGGAGAUGAGCAAAAACACCCUCAACGAGGGCACCAAGGAGACCGUGGCACAGCACAUGGAGAAGAUCUCCAUGCUGGCCUUCCAUCCAGUGAAAAUGCACAGCUGCUAUGAGAAGGUGGAGCACCUGAGUCUGGAGGGUCUGCAGCAGAGGUUUGAUGUCUCCAGCCCCUCAGUAUUCGUCCAGAGGGCCCAGAUCCUCAUGAGUGAGCAAAUGGACAAUGCAGUGUAUACUUUUGAGCAGAUCCUUCACCAGAGUUUGGAGUCUCAGGGUACAGAGGACCUCUGUAAGACCAUUCAGCGCUGCCAGGACAGAGUCAUUAAGAAAUUUGACUAUGACAGCAGCACAGUGAGGAAGCGUUUCUUCCGCGAGGCUCUCCUCCAGAUCUUCAUCCCCUACAUGCUGAAGCAGCUCAGCUCUCCCUGCUCCUCGGAGCUGCCACGCUUCCGGGAGCUGAUCUUUGAGGAUUUUUCCCGUUUCAUCCUGGUGGAGAACAUCUUUGAGGAGGUGGUGCUGCACUCUGUCAUGAAGGACAUCAUGAUGGCUGUGAAGGAGGCGGCGGUCCAGAGGAGACACAACCUGUACAGGGACAGCAUUGUUCUCAGUAACAGCGACCCCAGCCUGCACCUGCUGGGAGAGAACCCCUCCAUCGACUGGGCCAGGGAGCACGGAGGAGGCCAGGACGAGGCGGACGGAGCAGGGGAGGAUGCCGAGGGUGAGAAUGAAGGUGGGGAGGCCCAGAAGAAGAGGAGGAUGAAGCAAGUUGUGUCCAUGAUCCAGGUGGAAGAGCCCCCAGGCCUGCCCAGUGAGUCAUGCAUGGAGGUGCCCGGUGAUGACGACAUCCCAGAGAGGGAUGAAGAGGAGGCGGAGAAGGAUGUAGAUGAGGAGGAGAGCUCAGAUGUUAAAGCUUCUCCUAACCAGAAUGGAUCUGCAAGUCCCAAAUCCUCAGAGAGCCCUCCAGGUUUGUCAAACGGGUCUGCUCUGAAGGAAGAGGAAACCAAACCAGAGGAGCAGGUUAAAGAAAUCCCACUGAAGGUCCAGUCUGCUACAGAAAGUGCUUCACCCUCAGAGGAGAAGGAUAAGGGAGAGGACAGCCAGCCGGUGCUGGAAGAGCAGCCACCCUCCAACCAGGAGGUGGCAGAGGAGGCGUUGCCGUCAGCGCCUCCUCCCAAAGAAAUCCCAUCUGCCACUCCAGAGGCAGCUCCAGAGACGGCUCCAGAGACGGCUCCAGUGGCGGCUCCAGAGGCGGCUCCAGAGGCGACAGCUGACUUCCCCCCACCUCCACAUGAUGACAGCGGUUUCCAGUCUCCCACCGGUGAAGGGGCGGGGGCAGAGGAGGAGGAGACGGCCCCUUGCACUGUGGCCCCACUGUCCCCAGAAGAGCACCUUGAGGUAGAGCAGACAAGUAGUGCACCUGAAGCUGAAGUCAAAACCACUGACUCUGAGACUGGAGACCAGUGAUGAACUCAUUUCCAUCUGUUCAACCUAAACUGAAUCCUUCCCUGUUUUCGUUUCUUUUUUUGACGAACAUUAAAAGACUCUUCCCGCUGUUUGAACCACAUCAGUUUUCAGUUUCCACAAGUUUCAGGCAUGUAAUCGCUCAGCAGAUCAUUUUCACCGAGCAGGGCUCAGGUGCUGUCGUCUUUUUUCUAAUACUGUUUUUUUUGUGUGUGUGUGUGUAGUUUUCACAAUUUUUGGAUGUAAUAGAAGAUCCUCAGAAAACUCUCAUAGGUUCCACACUUUAUUCUUUAUUCUCUCUUCACCUGGUAUAUGUGUGAGCACAGUGGACGGCCUCAAGUCCCUAAUGGUUGUAAACGUGACAAGUUGAAAGAACAGCCGAGCUGAGGUGCCUUUAGUGAAAUACAUGUAAACUGAUACAGCUGUGUGGCCGAGUUUUUUUUUGUAUGACAUAUGUUGAUGUAAGAACAGUUUGUACUGCAGAAUACAGAAUAUUUAUUGGUUAUUAUUAGACCUGAAUAGCCAAGAGAACAUACUUCCCCAAUGUGGAAAAGUCUCAGAGGUGGUUAUUAUUAUUUUUUUCCUUCAGACUUAAAUCACAGUCCAUUAACUGUCUCGAUGUACACACUGACAUGUCAAGACUUGACGGUUUCUCUUGUGUUGGUGGGAGUAACACUAUUUUAUAUGAAUUUAUCCCUUAACAAAGAUAGCUGAUGUACAUAUAUAAAUAUAUAUGUGUGUCUAUGAACAGGUGAACUACCAAACUGUCAUUUUACAUAAUUUUAUAGAAUUUCCUCAGUGCCUUCACUGAUCUCUCCACCCCCCCCGUUUUAUUUAUUAUUUUGCACCCUAUCUCUUUUUUGACCAAUUUACUUUUAGAUUUAUUUUAAUCUUGUUUACAAAUGACUGUUAUUGAUAAUAAAUCAUUAUCGAUUAA